AAAAAGUUAAAAUUAAAAAGAAAAGGAAAACGAAAAAGAGUAAAUAAAAGAUAACCAAAUCAAUGUCUUGGAUCAAGAAAUUGUGAAAGCUCCUCGAAGGAACUCUCUAUCUUCUUCUACUCUCUCAAAAGAAUGGGUUGCUUUCCAGGUUGCUUCGGUGGCCGGAAGAAUCGCCGGCGUCAGAGGCGCAGGGAGGACCCUCGUUCCAACAAAAUCUCUGAGGGUUGUACAAAGGAUGUUAGCGUUUCUAUUGUUGAGGAAGUUCCCAAGUCUGCAAAGGAUGUUAGGAUUCCUGCUGCUGUUGAAGAAGUGACUAAGGUUUCUGUCAUUCCGACCACUCACAUCUGUGAAGAGAAAGCUGAGGAGAGAAACAGUCCGAGUCCGAGUCCAAGUCCAAGUCGUAAGAGAGUGACUUUUGACUCCAAGGUCAAAACGUAUGAACACGUUACAGUAGAUGAAUCUGUUGAGCUCUUUGAAGAGGAGAAGAAGAAGGACGAAGAGGUGAAGCCUUUGAAGUCGAAUCAGGCACCAUGUUCAUCAGAGGGGAGCGAUGUUACUUCCAACUCGUCAACUUCUUUUCCUUCAAACCAUAGAUACCAGAAUUGCAGAGAAAGUGACGAUGAGGAAGAAGAGGAUGCUUUAACAGAUUGUGAUGAAAGUGAUCUAGAAGAUAUUGAUGAUGAUGGUUGUCUACUUGAUGAAGACUAUUAUGAUGAUGAUUAUGAGGAUAACAACAAAGUUUACACCGAGGAGAUUGCCGAUAAAAAAGACAAGUCUAACACGAGUGCUAGAGACAGAACCGGAUAUGUCAACGCUGUACUGAACCCCAUCGAGAAUCUCUCCCAGUGGAAAGCUGUGAAAUCCAAAGGAAGAACAAUGCAGACGCAGUCUCGAAAGGAGAACAACGUGACUCUCAUCUCCGAUCAAGAACACAAACUAAAUGCAUCCUUCAGCUUACAAGAGCCUCAGGUUGUUGAUGAGUUACCUUCAUUCAGCUUGAAACCAAAAUCAAGAGAUGGAAUCAAGAGAUCUCAAGAAGUACCAGCUGUUGACGCUAGUCUCUCAACAUGGUUAUCUACAUCGAAGACCACGACCAGCGGAUGCAGCAGCGUCUCUAUGGGUGUUCAAAGCUACGAUGAAAGACCUAUACUGGGCGCGUUGACUUCAGAGGAGAUAAAACAGUUCUCAGCAACGAACUCUCCAAGAAAAUCUCCAAGUCGAAGCCCUGAAUCACCUAUUAUCGGAACAGUUGGUGGCUAUUGGAACAGUCACUCAAUGGCCACAAGCAGGUAGAGAGAAAGUAUGAUGUCCAAAUGUCUCACGGUUCCACACAUGUUUGGUUACACUGAGUGAAAUAUCAUUUUAUUUAAUUAAUUGGCUUUGUGUGUUUUUGUGUGUAAUAAACCAAAAUGGUUGUGUGUUUGUUGUUGCAUAUGUGGGUGUUGUGAUUCAUUUGAUUUGUUUGUAUUUUAUAUGAUCCCUUUUUAUCAUAA